GCAGCCGCAUCGCUGGUGGAGGAGCGCGCGGCCGCGAGCGAAGGAGGGAGGGAAGGAAGGAAGAGAGCGAGGCAGGCAGGCAGGAACGGGGGUCGGUGACUGAGGCAGUAGAGGGAGGCGAGAGCCCGGCAGCCGCUUCGCGCAGUGUUUGCUGCGCGGGCUUUUGGAGGGGGGCGGCCGUUGAGUCGGCCGAGGGGACGCGGGCACCGGCGGCGUUGGUGCUGGUGCCUGGGGGCGGGGGACUGGGGAGGCAAGAAGGGGGGUCGCUGCGGUGGUUCUCCCGCUGUCGCGCUCUCCUUGCCUUUUCUACCCGCUCGGUGGGCUCCUGCCGGCGUCUCCCUCGCCUCUGGGGCCCCGCUCCCCGCCCCCCGCGGUAUGUCUUGAUCCCGAGCAGCGUGUUUCAUGGGGCUCCUCAGGAUUAUGAUGCCGCCCAAGUUGCAGCUGCUGGCGGUGGUGGCCUUCGCGGUGGCAAUGCUCUUCUUGGAGAACCAAAUCCAGAAGCUGGAGGAGUCCCGAUCGAAGCUAGAAAGGGCUAUUGCAAGACAUGAAGUCCGAGAAAUUGAGCAGCGACAUACAAUGGAUGGCCCUCGGCAAGAUGCCACUUUAGAUGAGGAAGAGGACAUGGUGAUCAUUUACAACAGAGUCCCCAAAACUGCAAGCACCUCUUUUACCAACAUUGCCUAUGAUCUGUGUGCAAAGAAUAAAUACCAUGUUCUUCACAUCAACACUACCAAAAAUAAUCCAGUGAUGUCACUACAAGAUCAGGUGCGUUUUGUAAAGAAUAUAACUGCCUGGAAAGAGAUGAAACCAGGGUUUUAUCAUGGACACGUUUCUUAUUUGGAUUUUGCAAAAUUUGGUGUGAAAAAGAAGCCAAUUUACAUUAAUGUCAUAAGGGAUCCUAUUGAGAGACUAGUUUCUUACUAUUACUUUCUGAGAUUUGGAGAUGAUUAUAGACCAGGGUUAAGAAGACGAAAACAAGGAGACAAAAAGACCUUUGAUGAAUGUGUAGCUGAAGGCGGCUCAGACUGUGCUCCAGAGAAGCUGUGGCUUCAAAUCCCAUUCUUCUGUGGGCACAGCUCGGAAUGCUGGAAUGUGGGGAGCAGGUGGGCUGUGGAUCAAGCCAAGUAUAACCUGAUUAAUGCGUACUUUCUUGUGGGAGUGACAGAAGAGCUGGAAGAUUUUAUCAUGCUGUUGGAGGCAGCGUUGCCGCGCUUCUUCAGGGGCGCUACAGAACUCUACCGGACAGUAGGAAAGAAAUCUCAUCUUAGGAAAACCACAGAGAAGAAACUCCCCACUAAGCAAACCAUUGCAAAACUACAGCAGUCUGACAUUUGGAAAAUGGAGAAUGAGUUCUAUGAAUUUGCACUAGAGCAGUUUCAAUUCAUCAGAGCCCAUGCUGUACGAGAAAAAGAUGGAGACCUCUACAUCCUCGCACAAAACUUUUUUUAUGAAAAGAUUUACCCCAAAUCGAACUGAGUACAAGGUGUGACUAUUAGAUUUUUGAACUGAAACGUUUACCUUGUCUUCACCUGAGUUCUCACCUCCAGAACUUGGGUUGUGUUAGGUGUGAGACAGUUCAUAAUGAGCCGAGUUAGGCAACAGAUAGUAACAUCAAGGAAGUAGAUACUGGCUGGUAUAUCUGUGAGCUAAGAAGUUUAAGUUUCAGCCCUUUUUUUUGUUUGUUUUUUUUGUUUCAAUUUUCUGGUUAAAUUUUGGUGGGAGUUAUCACCUCCUGCUUGGAAAAAAUCUACACUUCACCUAAUAUAAACACAUGGCAGUUCUAAUCAGAAGGCUAAAUGCAAUUUCAGAAAAAGUUCCAAUACUCUGUUUUUGAUAGAGCAGUUUUUUUCCAGCUACCCAUGAAUGAAGAUGAAUCCAUUUGCUACUUCCACCUUCACCUGGAGGUUUGGGUUGUACGCCUCGACUGAAUAGUGUUGUUACUGGCCGUGUGUGCUUCGUUUUUGUGAAUCAUGUCUCAUGACAUUUAUUGGAAUGUUUGAUCAUGUUUGCUAAGAAAUGUCUCUACUGUAGUUGGAAUUGCCCAUAUUUAUGUAGGUCAUGUUAAUUUUUUAAAAAAUAAUUAUCAUUAGUGUUAAAAAACCCAUUUAAACUAUUAUUAAUACUGUAAAAAGAGUCAAAGCAGUAUUGCUCAUUCCUGUCUCCCCAGUAGCUAAGACUGGGGAAACACUUCAAAGAAUGUGGACAUUGCCUGAAGUUUUAGUUAAGGCUUCCACACAUUAAUAUCAAAAAAAAAGUAAGUUUAGUAUUUGUUUCUCCGUGGGUUAUUUGUAAAGACAUAGACUGAGAUAUCGGUGACUCCAUAUUAUAACUCCAUUAGUGAGCUGUGGUAUGGGUAGGAUUUUCCUACAUCUUCUGUACUUUUACUUGUAGACUAUUUUUACUAAGGUGCUUUAUAAUGUGUUUUAAAGCAUUGCAUUUACAGAAAAAGGAAAAUGCUGUAAAUAUUGCAUAUUUUAUGUAUUUGGACCAAAAGAUUAUAAGUAAUUAGACAAAAGUGGUUUUGCACCAAUUUUGUUAUGUCAAGUAAAACCAUCAGACCUACUGUUCUUGUAUUUCUCAUUUAACUUUAAGAUAUCACUGAAAUGAACUUUAAUAAUCCUUCAAUUUUGAUACACAGUACAUUAUUCAUAAUUGGGGGCAGUAGUUACAGUGGAAAGAGUAGUGGACAAGGAGUCAGAAAAUUUGAUUUCCGGUCCUGGCUCUGCCACUAAUGAGCUGUGUGACCCUGGACAAGUCACUUAACCUCUCUUUGCCUCAAUUUCCUCAUCUCAAAAUGAGGGUGAUAAUACCUGCUGUACCUACCUCACAGGGGUGUUGUGAGGAUUAAAUGAAAUGGCAUGUGAAAGCACUUUGAAAACUGUAAAGCGCUAUAUAAAUGUAAGGUAUUAUGGAAACAUCUUUAACAUAUGGUUUGAUACCAUUCAUUUUUUUUUUAAUAAAGAAAGGGAAAGUCCACUUAUAAGCUGGUUGAAAAAAGUUAAUCUUGAUAUAAAUUUGUGUUUGAUAAAUAUCUCCUCAGUGUUUAUCUUCGUUGUUUCAACUAUUGAAAUAUGAAACACCUGUGAAUUCUUAACGAUUCAUGAGCAGCUGCUUGAGUUCAGGAGGUUCCCUGUUUGAAAAAGACUUCAUUAGCUGACUCAGGGCAGGGGAAAUUUUGCUCUUUGAAUUUGGAAGGUUUUUGUUUUUAUUUUACGUUAGCAUUCAGAAAUGGUAGCUAUUUUAUACCUCUGGUUUUUAAGAUGUAUUUUGCAGAGUUUAAGUACACUGUGCAUUCUUUACCUUCUUCCCCUUGUUGGAGUAACAAGAUAAAGAUUUUAGAAACAUUUUCUAAAAGAAUAAUCUUUACUAUGUAUAGCUUAAAUAAAUAUUCCCAAACAAGGCCUCACCAAACUAUGUAAGCAUUUUAGGCAGGUUGCUUUAAAGGUUAUUUAUUGUAUGGGAGAUGAGGAGGGAGCACUGCUUGUCAGAAAACAUUUAUUAACAAAUUUAAAGAAAAGCUAAAAGAAGUUGACAGAAUUAUCUUAGCACCUUUUCCUCCUAAUAAUAGGAGAAUAUUAAGAGAACGUCGCCAGGCAUACUUUUCUUAUUUGGCCUUCUUUUUAGUGUAUUUAUUAACUUUUACAGAUAUUUGUUGGAAAUAUGCACAAAUUAUUUCCUUGCCCAAAAGUAAAGCACUGCUUCAAGGUGGGGUGUCUGACAUCUAUCUGCUAAGGGACCCCCGUGUGCAGGUUAUUCUUGGAGUACAUGCUGAAGUCUUCUUGAGGUGCAUUCACUCUUCUAGGGAACUAGGUUAGCACAGAGUGCACUAGGUCAGGGGGUCAGUAAACUUUUUCUAUAAAGGUCCAGAGAGUAAAAUAUUUUAGGCUUUGCGGGCCAUGCAGUCUCCGUCACGACUACUCAGCUCUGCCAUUUUAGCACAAAAGCAGCCAUAGACGAUACAUAAAUGAAUGAGCAUGGCUAUGUUCCAAUAAAACUUUAAUGAGAAAACGGGCGACGUGCCUGAUAUGGACCAGGGGUUAUAGUUUACCAACCCCUGUAAUAGGGAGAUCGUUAUUUAUGGAGAAACCAUUUUUGAAUCUGUACUCAAGUGGCCUAAAAGAGUUUAUAUACUUCCAAAAGCUCCUAACUUAUAUCCAAAGAAUAGCUUUUUGAAUCAGGCAGUCUCUCCCACAGAUUCAUAAACUUUUAUGACUUAGAUUGCUUCCAGGUGGCAGGUUUCCUUUCCCAGUUUAACAGUUCAGAAUAGGGACGUUUAUUCUAUCAUCUUUUAGGGUGGGUUAGAAGUAUUCUUCCUGGAGACUGAAAAAGGGUUAGAUUUAAUUCCAUCUGGUCCGAUGCAGUUCAUAGGAGUCUAACAAGUACAGAGUCCUUAUAAUACCUAACUUUAUAAUCAAAUAUUUAGAACCACUGAGACAAUAAUGUAUUUUUUUAAAGUGGCAAAUGUGGUUUUCUUUUUUCAGCCUUUGCGCUUUUUCAAUAUUUUGAUCAUAGGGAAUUUUUUUUAUAACACAAUAGCAAAUUAACCACCUGAAUUUUAAAAGAUAAUGUUAUGUGUGUAUGUGUGUGUGUAUAUAUAUAUCUAUAUCAUAUAUGUUGAUUUCCUAAAAGAGGAAAAGUAACUUUUUGUUCAACUUGUAUCAACUCCUGUUUUCUAAUUGCUGUGAAAUGGCAACUGUUGAUAAAUUAUUGUGACUGUUUUAAAAUGUAAUGGGGAGGAUAUAUUUUGAUUUUACCCAGCUUUAAUCUGUAAAGUAUCACUUAAAUAUAUCUGAUAGCAACACUUAAGGUAUUGCAUGGGAAUUACUUUUCAUUCAUCCAUACUCAUUUGUGCAACUUUGAACAUACUGGGUGCUUCUGAAUUCCUGAUGAUUGGAUUUAAAUUAUUGAAAAAUCAGAGAAAUU